CUCUUUUCUCUGGUUAGUUUGUGGGACGCGAGAGAGGAGCUCGUUUCAACCAAAGACCGGGAGCAGCAUUAGCUACUGACCCGCAUCCUGGGAGUGCAAGCAUGAACAUGCAACCUCGAAGAGUCCGCCUGAAACCGUGGCUUCUGGCUCAAGUGGACAGCAGCCGAUUCCCCGGUCUUCAUUGGCUGAACGCCGAGCGCCGACUUUUCCAGAUCCCGUGGAAACAUGCGACACGUCACACGCCAACAUGUGAAGAUGAUAACACCGUCUUCAAGGCGUGGGCUCUUGAAACAGGAAAAUUCCAGGAAGGCGUGGACGAACCGGACCCAGCCAAGUGGAAAGCCAACCUUCGUUGUGCGCUGAAUAAAAGUCGAGAGUUUCAACUCAAGUUUGAUGGCACCAAAGAGAUGCCAGUCGAAGCCUAUAAAAUUUAUGAAGUUGUUAGCACGGAUGCCACAGCAGAUGACGAUGAGAUACCAAAUCUGACAGAGCUGACAAUAAAUCCCAGGAUCGGUGACUCUGGCUCUUUCACGUCACUUCCACCUCCCCCCAGUGAUGUGAGCCAGUUUUGUGCCUCCACCAGCGAAACAUUUGCGCAUUCUCAUCCACUAACCUCUGAGCCAAUGUUAGAUGGGAUGAACUUAGAUCACACCCCGAAUGAGGCGUGUGCUGUGGUCCAGGGUCAUGUCGUAGACCCUCCAAACCUGCUCAGCAGCAUUCCAUUAACUGAUCUGGAUCUUAAGUUCCAAUACCGCGGCCGGGCAAUGGGUUCUCUGACUGUCAGUAACCCUCAAGGCUGCCGGCUGUACUAUGGACAACUAGAGCCCAACCCAGAGCAGGUGGAACUGUUUGGACCCGUCACCCUACAACAGGUCCGGUUUCCGGGAACUUCUGAGAUCUUGAGUCAGAAGCAACGGGAGUUCACAGAAGCCCUCCUGAACGUGAUGGAUCGGGGCCUGAUCCUAGAAAUCUGGGAGCAGGACAUCUACGCUUUACGCCUCUGUCAGUGUAAGGUGUUCUGGUCUGGACCAGGUGUGCCUGAUCAGGGCCAACCCAAUCGGUUAGAGAGGGAGAGGAGAGUCAGGGUUUUCAGCCUCAACGACUUCCUGCAAGGACUGAUCUUAUACCAGAAGGGUGAAGUUCCGAAUGCCCCCCCUUUUGAGAUCUGCUUCUGCUUUGGGGAGGACUGGCCUGACAUGAGACCCAAAGAGAAGAAACUCAUUGUUGUUCAGGUGGUUCCUGUAGUGGCUCGGAUUCUAACAGAAAUGUUCUCCGGAGAGCAGAGCUGGUCCAUUGACAGUAUCCGACUGCAGAUCUCAAUCCCAGAUGUGAAGGACCAGACAGUGGAGCAGUUUAAAGAGCUUCAGAGACUCCUCCAGAGUCAACAUGUCCACGCGCACUGGACUGACACUGUUCCCUAAAAAACAUCCAAAGCCCUAAGAACUGGUCCCGGGGAAUCAGGUGCUUAAGGCAUGACUUAGAAAACCCCAAUCGCCCAAGACAGUUUUAGCUCAACUGUAUUAUGCUAAUGUUUGUACUAAUAUUGAUUAUCAAAGUUUGGUCCAAAUAUGAAGGUUUGUUGGCGUUUGUCCUAAAAAUUUUCAUGAUGCUUUAAUAUGUUAACCUAUGUUUUUGCCUGCAUUCAAAGACUUAAAACAUACAUUUUUUACAGGUUUUGCUCAAUGGCGCUUUUCUGUUAGUUUUGUGUUCAUGUUGUGCAUGUUGUAGUGCCCUCCCUCUGUGUGUUUUGCUAAUUUAAUGAGUGGUAGCUAUGCCAGGUGUAUGAGAAUAUUUCAGUAACUAUAAAUUGUAUGAUGUACAACCAGUAAUUCCAAAUAUUCCAAAAUGUACGAUCAUUUGACUUUUUAGCUUUUAGCAAACAUUGCACCCUGCACGCCACCUGAUGUUGUGCAUUGUCUUUGAAACCAGGUGGGGGCGAUGUUCUGCCAGUGACAGCUUAUAUUGAAGGUCAAACUGCAUUAGUGUUUCUUAACCAUUGUUGGGCAGCAAGCAGCCCCUUGAGGCGAUCAAAUGUGGUCCGUAUGGGCCGCAGUGGUACUCAGCUGUGAUACACUUUUCCACCAAUUGUGGCAGUAAUGACAGUAUCAAAUAAUCAGAAGAAGUCUGGAGCUAAAGUCACAACAUUUUCAUAAGCACAAAAAAUAUGAUUAAAGUUAUGAAGCUAC